AUUUAUUCUCUACCAGCUUUUACUACUGUCAAAAAUUCGCGCAAUCAUCAUGCCGCGACACGUGCGGCCCUAUCCCCAUCAAACACCCGUUCGGGUCAGGCAGCGGGUGCGGGCACCCCGCCUUCUCCCGCUACGUGAAAUGCAGCCCUGGCGGGGCCCUCCGCCUCUCCACCGCCGGGGACGGGGACACCUACUUGGACGUCUCCUCCAUCGACUACGCCUCGGGGUCCCUCGUCGCCGCGGACCCGCUCAUGUCCACGUGCGCGUCCAUGCAGAACUCGGGCAGCUUGGCGCUCGACCCGGGCAGCCCGUUCUCCCUGUCCCCGGACAACAUAUUCGCCUUAGUAGGCUGCUCCACCACCUCGCCCGUGUUCGACCUGGACGCCGACUUCUGCGACACCGGUUCGGGCCAGAACGUGUGCCGCGGGCUGUACUCGUGUAAAGGGGUGGAGGGGAUCGGGUUGGAGCCCCGCGAGCCGAUAUCGACGUGCUGCGUGUACGAGCCGGGGGAGGUGUUGGCAGGGUCGGGUUCGGGUUUGGAUCUGCCGAAGCUGCAGUGCUCGUCGUACUCGGCGGUUUACGGGUUCGGGGGCAGCGAGGGCGACCCGAUGAGGUGGCAGUAUGGGAUAUUGCUGAGGUUUAAUGAUUCUUAUGAGAGUAGUGACUGUAGGAAUUGUGAGGAUAGUGGUGGGUUUUGUGGGUUUGAGGGUGUGGAGGAGUCGUUUGUUUGUAGGUGUCGUAACGGCGUCAAUUCCACCGUUAACUGCUAUGGGAGAGGCAAUGGCUGGAGCCAGGCGGGGAGACACGGAAUUCAAACGGCAUUGACUAUUGGAGGGUUCUUGCUUAUGUGGAUGAUAGCUUUCCUCUAA